GUAGGAAGCGGAGCUACAGCUGUGGUCCAGGCUGCCUACUGUGUGCCCAGGAAGGAGAAGGUCGCCAUCAAACGCAUCAAUCUGGAAAAAUGCCAGACCAGCAUGGAUGAGCUCCUGAAAGAGAUUCAGGCGAUGAGUCAGUGUCACCAUCCCAACAUUGUGUCGUAUUACACCUCGUUCGUGGUGAAGGAUGAGCUGUGGUUGGUCAUGAAGCUGCUCAGUGGUGGCUCUGUGUUGGAUGUUAUAAAGCACAUCAUUUCAAAGGGGGAACACAAGAACGGUGUACUGGAUGAACCCAGUAUAGCUACUGUGCUGAAAGAGGUCCUUCAGGGUCUUGAGUACCUUCACAAAAAUGGACAGAUCCACAGGGAUCUCAAAGCUGGAAACAUCCUGCUGGGGGAGGACGGAUCAGUGCAAAUCGCAGAUUUCGGUGUAAGUGCCUUCUUAGCCACUGGUGGUGACAUCACUCGAAAUAAAGUGCGGAAGACGUUUGUGGGAACGCCAUGUUGGAUGGCUCCAGAAGUGAUGGAGCAGGUGAAAGGUUACGACUUCAAAGCAGACAUCUGGAGUUUUGGGAUCACAGCCAUCGAGCUGGCCACAGGUGCCGCUCCUUACCACAAAUACCCUCCUAUGAAGGUGUUGAUGUUGACCCUGCAGAAUGAUCCGCCUUGCCUAGAGACUGGAAUCACAGAUAAAGAGAUGUUGAAGAAAUAUGGGAAAUCCUUGAGGAAAAUGAUCUCGUUGUGUUUGCAGAAGGAACCAGAGAAAAGGCCAACAUCAUUAGAACUCUUAAAACAUAAAUUCUUCCAGAAAGCCAAGAAUAAUGAAUUUCUGCAGGAGAAAUUAUUACACAGAGCACCUACAAUUAUAGAGAGAGCGAGAAAGGUUCGGCGAGUUCCUGGCUCCAGUGGGAGACUCCAUAAAACAGAAGAUGGAGAAUGGGAAUGGAGCGAUGAUGAACUGGAUGAGGAGAGCGAGGAGGGCAAAGCUGCUGUUGCUGCCUUGCGGUCACCAAGAGUAAAAGAAGGACUCCAGGACACAGAGAUAUUCCAGCCUUUCAGCAGUCACCUCCAGCCUGAACUACCUCAAGCUGCUGGCCAGGGCCCGGCCAACCCUCAACACACUGCCCCAAGUACAACCCCGGCUGCGAAUCCUGCACAGGCCCCAGUUCCUGGCGAUGCCUCACUAUCCCCCAUCAGUUUAGUAUUAAGGUUAAGAAAUUUGAAAAAGGAACUGAAUGACAUACGAUUUGAGUUCAUGCCUGGCAGAGACACAGCAGAUGGGGUUUCUCAGGAGCUGGUAUCGGCUGGCUUGGUAGAUGGGAGAGAUUUAGUUAUAGUGGCCGCUAAUUUGCAGAAGAUAGUCGAAGAGCCCCAUGCCAAUAAAAAUGUCACAUUUAAACUGGCCUCUGGCGUUGAGGGCUCUGAGAUUCCUGACGAUGUCAAACUCUUGGGAUUUGCUCAGCUCAGCAUUAGCUAAACUUUGGCUCUGUGCAGGACCGUGACUUGCCUACAAAUGUGAAAGCAAACCAACACUACCGACCGAAUGACACAUUGAUGUAUUUUUUCUUCUUUCAAUUGCCCUAAAGAAACCACUGUUGCCAAAGAGAAAGAUACCAUAGCGCCAGCCCAUAGGAUUUCAAACAGCCCAACGGAAGAGUUGCACAAACAUGCGAAUGAUCAGAAUUUGUAGGAGUCGAUUAAAAUUAAGUUUAGGAUUUAUUUGUAUAAGGAUGCAAUUAUCAUAACCAGAUAUAACCUUAAUAUUCUUUUAAUGUUUCUUUCUUUCUUUUUUUCCACAUUUGCCCUUGUUUUGCACAAUCUGAACUGACAACCUAAAAAUGAACAAUGCAAAAAUGCCUCCAAUAUAACUACUGAGUGCAUAAAAGAGGAGCGAAACUCAAAGAAACAUGGAGUUUAGAGGAAGUAAAUGGGUUUAGCUAUAGUUAUAGCUUUAUUUUUUAACCUAUAUUUUUUCUAUGCUUUUGAAGAGAAGCAGCUAAGCAUGUUUUAUCCCACAGCUUGCAUUAUUUACUUCAGUUUAAACCAGCUUGUUGAACAUUUACAGCAUCUGGUUUUAAAAUUUCUACUUCUGGUUGUUGCACUCGUUUGCUUUCUCUGCUGUUAUACUCGGAGCUUGAUUUCUUCAUUGUACACUGACUAGUAUCAAUACAAACAGAACAAUUCUCAAAUAUUUCCAAUUCUGCAGAUUAGCCGAAUAAGAUGAAAUGAUUUAUUCAUUCAGUGUCAUUGAGCCCUAAUGAACACUCCUGAAGGCUGGUUUUACUGCUUUCCCAACCUUUUUUGCUGUCUCAACUUGGCACAUUCGCAAAUGUCACUAUCCCAUGCUGCUCUAAAAGUUAUUGCCUUAAUGUUUCUACACAUUUCUGCAUCACACACAUCUCUCCUUUUUUAGAUUUUGCAUUCAUUUGUGAAUUUUGGUUUUAAUUUUUUUGACAUUAUCUGUGACUUUUCAUUUUUAUAAGUCUCUCUGUAUGUGAAAAGGUAGAAGUACCUGAUGAAAGUCUGGUGUUUGGCUUUUUCCUGCUCUGGAAUUGAACUCUUAAGUAUUCAUGUGUAUUUCUGUUGUGGAUCAACUCAAUUGAGCAUGUAAAUAAUGUAAUUUUCCAUUGGUUUGAUUUUAUAUGGGAUGCUUCACUCAUGGCCUUUGUGUUCUUCAUAAAUAAGGUGAUGGGAGGUGGUGUCAAUUACAAAAGACACAUUGUGAGUGUUGGUUUUUCUUUUUGUCUAUGAGGGUGCCUAUAAUCACAGUGGGGUCUUAUGUAGCAUAAAUCUGCCUGGUGUUUUCAGCAGGUCUGUUCUGACCUGCUGAAGUUCUCAUUGAAUUUACGAGAGGUUGUUUACUUCACCCUAGAAAUCUCAUUUAAACAUCACUACCUUUGUGCAAAAACAGCCUGGAAUAAUCUUAAGCAACUUAAUUAUUUU